AGUGAGAUGAGAUUCACAAUGCCCAUACCUCUCUUUUGGACGUAGUUUAAGGACGUACCCGGGUCCAACAUGUAUAGUCGUUAGAUUUGAAGCUGGCCUUUUUAUGCACGUACGGUUUUACCUAACAAUAGACAAAGAAUUAGCCGCUCGGGGCCAGCUACAAAUCUAACGACUAUAAUAACUAUGUUUUUUCAGUCAUUCACCCUAGUUACGGACAAGCCAGUCAUAACCUACUCGGAGCCGUCUGUAUUUCCAUUUGUGAACAUAUCCGCAGCACGCUACAGACGGAAUAACGUUCAGUACUUUACUACCGUGCACCUGGAGUUGGCUGUGCCUUUAGACGAUAAUUAUAUUGUCGACAUUUUAUUCUACGAGAACGUGAACAACCAGUACAGACGAAGUUUCAUCGAGUUGCAGUUCAAAUUUUGCACGUUCAUCUUUAAAGACCCUAUCUUCGGAGCCGCCAUCAGAAAGCAGAUGACCAGUGAAAGCUGUCCCAUACCAGCGGGGGCAUAUAACAUGUACAAUAUGACAGCUGCAGCUGACCACCUGCCGAAGUUACCAUUUUCAAAAGGCCGCAUCUACAUGUACCUCAAAACCAAGUCAAAGCCCGUCCUGAAGGGGUACUGUGAUAUGGAGCUGAAGAGAAAGAGACCCCCUAAACAUUAAAACAACGGUGCGUUUCUUCAAAAACAUCCUGCCUCGCACAGCUAUACACUCUGGAAUAUUUAUCACCUGCGGUAUUUCCGGACUGAUACAACCUUCAAACCUUCAACAGUCUACUCCCGUCUUAAAGGCCGACACAGCAACCUUUAUAUUUUUAUAACAUGUUAAUACUUUUUACACAAUUUUGACAAUAAAAUAUUAUCUUAUCUUA